CGAGACACUUCGGAAUUUUCCGUUCUAAAUAGGGAAAGGGUCUUUUAGUAAAAAAAUCCUGUAAAAAUGACGUAAACAGAAACAUUUCAUUCAUGAUUUGUUCAUUCAGAAAGUAAAAGUGAAAACAGUUACCAUUAUGUCUAUCCAACAUUGAUAUACUUUUACCAUUUUUUAUUAUCACGUAUUAAUUCAGGAUGAGCGGAAAACGUGUCAACAACACGGCAACAGCCAGACUAAAGCAGGAUUUCAUGCGUAUAAUGCGUGACCCAGUACCUUAUGUCAAAGCUGCUCCACUACCAUCUAAUAUAUUGGAAUGGCACUACAUAGUUACAGGACCAGAAAAAUCUCCAUAUGAAGGUGGGAUCUAUCAUGGGAAGUUGAUAUUUCCCAGAGAAUUUCCUUUCAAGCCACCAAGUAUUUAUAUGAUUACUCCAAAUGGAAGGUUUAAAUGUAAUACAAGAUUAUGUCUUUCAAUAAGUGAUUUUCAUCCAGAUACAUGGAAUCCAGCAUGGUCUGUAUCUACCAUAUUGACAGGAUUGUUAAGUUUUAUGUUGGAAAAGAGUGCUACAUUAGGAAGUAUAGAGACAUCUGAUUAUACUAAAAGACAAUUGGCUGCACAGAGUGGACAGUUUAAUUUAAAAGAUAAAACAUUUUGUGAAUUAUUCCCAGAAGAGGCUGAGAAAAUAAGAGAAGAACAAGCUAGAAGAGAAAGAGAACUAGCAGAAUCAACAAGGAACGGCAAUACACAAUCUCAGUUACUGAACGGACAGAAUACCAACGGAAAUAAUCAAGGAAUUAUCGGCAGUGCUUUGGCUAAUAUAUUUGUUGUUAUCGGACUUGCUGCUUUCGCUUAUACUGUCAAAUAUGUUUUACGGAACAUUGUCGAAUAGGUUACAGAACAUAGAUAUUUUAUCAUAUUAAUAUAUAUAUAGCUGUAUUAAAUUCUUGACUUGGUAUCUGUAUAUCAUGAUAUAAUUUCUUGCCAUUUUAUGUGGCAAAGAAGAAGAAUAUGGAUACAUUUUAUGUGAGGUUUUGCAACUUUCACUUUGAUGUAUUGAAUAAAGUUGCUAUGAAAUCAAAGCUAUAAAUAGUAAAUAUGACGGGUAUGCAUCAGCAUGGUAAAAUAAGUAGAUUUUGAUGAAUAAACAUUAAAGAUGAUGUAGGUUUCAUGAAUUAGAUAAUAAUUAUAAGUAAAAAAUUAAGAAAUAAAAAAAAUAAAAAAAUAAAAAUAAGUCUUCUUUAGUGACUAAAUUCUGAAUCCGAUUCUCAGUUAUUCAGAUUUGAUCUUUUAUUUCUGAUAUGCAAAAAAACUAAGGAAAACAUUUCAAAAAGUAAAAUUGGAAAUAAGGAUUGGAUAUGAAUACUUUUUUUCAUUUGAACCCAAUUAAAUGCAGUGUUUAUAUUAUAUAUGUGUUUGUGUAAUCAUGACUCAAACUUGUCAAAAAUUGAUUUCCAAAUCAUUUUGAUCAAAUAGUUUGAUCAAAUAGUUUGUUAAUGAUCUAUCAAAUUUGAAAAAAAGUACUUUUAAACAAAUGAUUACUGUUCUUAAAAAAAAAAAUUAUGUAAAAAACAACCAAAAGGUAUUAAUAGAUCAUGUAUUAAGGAUGUCUGCUGCUCUAAUUUAAAAUAACAAGGAUUUCAUGUGGUUGCUUAAAAUGAAAACAACUUUGAUAUUUAAACAAAAUGAAGUAAUAAAAUCAUUAGUCUCGUGUGUAGUUUUCAAAAUACAAGACAUUUAGAAAAUGGCGGGAAAAGGGUUUUCUUCAGACUUUACUAUUUGUUAACAUUGGAAUUGUUUUUUACCCUUUAAACCAAGAAAAAAUAACAAGGAUUUCAUGCCGCCGGAUCACUAAAUCUUAAAUGAUCUAUUUAACAGAUUUAUGAAGACAAAAGUGGGGUGUCGUGUAAAUUUUUUUUAAUAUAUUUGGAUGGAUAAAACCUGAGAAAAUCGAAAAUAUGACAAGAAUUCAAAAACAUGACCAGCAGACAUCCUUAAUGUUCGUAUAGUGUUAAAAAUAAUGAACUUUGUAAAAUUGAAGUAAUUUGAACUUAUUUAUUUUUUUUAUGUUGUAAAAUUUGUCUUUAAAAGACAGUUACAAGUAAAAAAAAAUUUGUAAAUGCAAUAAUGAAACGAGAAUGAACAAAAAUUCAAAUCUGUUUUUUUCACCUCUAAGUUGUAUGUACAAAUACUUAUGAUGGAAUAUUUAUCGAUUAAAAUGCUACCAGUUAUACAGCUUAAACAUGUUAAAAAGUUUCAGUUAAUCAAUUAUGAUAUUUUUUGUUUGAAUGAUCUGUUUGAGUAUUCAUUUUCAUAACAACAGUAAAAAUUUGUUUUGUUUUAAGUUUUAUGUUUUUUUUUUUGUUAUUGUAAAUAUGUUUUAAUAUAUAUAUACAUAUAUAGGGAAUAAUUGUGAUGAAUUGCUGUUAUCUAUAUUACAAAAGAUUCUAUAAUUUUUCUUAGAGAAUCCACCCAUUUUUUGGUGAAAAUGUUUGCAAAAUGAUAGAAAAUAGUCAUAAAUACCAAAAAUAAAAAAUUCCUCUGAAAAAGUUAGACUUAGGAAUGAGAAUCAAAGAAAUGUUUUGUAAGGGUCUGUAAAAAUAAUCUUUUAGUCAUUUUGUUUAUUUAACCUUUGACUUCUUGUUUAUUGAAACUACAAAUAAAUUUGCUAUAAGGUAGAAGAUUUUGAUGCUGUAGAUGGGUGAUUGCUUUUCACAGGUUAAACAAAUUAUAAGCAACUUGAUGCAAGAGUUAAGUUUACAAUUAUUUCUGUUUUGGUAGGUUUUUAUUUGAGACAGUAUUCAUCAUAGAACAGCCAAUAAAUGGGUUUUUGUAACCUGAGUUGAGGGGGGAUAGGACCUUUAUUGGGACUCUGGGAUCAGAUGUUUCUAAGGAUUUUUGGGAUUGACCCUUUCAGGAUCCAGGAAUUAUUUUUGGAUUUCAGGAUGUCAGGAUUAAACUAAUUUAAGUUGGGGACCUUGGGAUUUCGUGUUUUCAAGCCUGGGAUUUCCGAAUCAGGACCCCUCAUAUCCCCCCUCUGAGUUGACGCAAAAUUUGAUCAAAUGGGACAUUCCCAUUCCAAUUCAAGUGCUCAAUUUCUCUUAGAUCACAAUUGCUCAUAAUGGAGUCAGUGGUGAUAUACUAAACUGAAAGAGAGACAUGGUUGGUAAAAUACACUGACAAACAUGACAAAUGCAUUCUUGUAAAACAUGGUUUUAUUUUUAAAAUUAAAAAUAUUAUUUUCUAUUGUUAUAAAAUAUAUGAGUUUAUUUAUUUUACUAGUAAUUUUGAAUAGGAAAUAACACUAGUUUUUGAGUAAAAAUGAAAUUGACUAUGUGAUUGGUACUUUGAUAUAUGUUACAGAUGAUCCUGACAAAUAUUUUGAUCAGGCAAACUGGUUCAAUGAUUUUGUAGCUCACAAGAAGGCUUAAGGGGGCUCGCGGGUCUAAAUCAACUUUUUUUUCUAAUAUAGGAUUUUCCUAUGUUUUUCCAUGAUUAAACCUUAUCUUAUAUCUAAUGGAAAUAUAAAAUAAAAAUAUGGGGUCACCGUUCAUUUAAGCUCACAAUUUGACUCCGAAAAAAGCAUACAUUCUUGUUAAUGUCCUUUUUUUCUGUUGAACUAAUAGGAGAAAUAUUGGUAAUAUCGAAAUAAAAAAAGAACUAAAUUACAGAAAUCGUUAAAAUUUUACAAUUAUUUAGUUUAUGUACAGUUUGUUUGAAAACAGUAAUAAAAAAUAUAGGUCACCGAUGAGUUAAAAAAGAUAUUUCAAUUUUAACGUACAAAAAUGACAUUUUUGCACCAAAGGGAGAUAAUUUGGAGCUUUUUCAAUGAUAUGAACAUUUUAAAAGUCAUCUGUGGACAAACCAAAUCGAUUUUUCUUGGUGAUUUUUGUGCCAUAUUAUGAAGCAAUAGCUAAUUGUGUAAUAAAUAAAAUUUGUAAUGAAAAAACAAAUAUUUAAUUUUUUUCCGAUUUUUUAUACCCGCGAGCCUCCUUAAUUUGUAACGGUUUGAAAUGGAUUAUGACAUACUAAUACUUUUAAAAUUAUAAUGAUGUCAGUCAUAAAUGAGAAAAAAAUCAGAUUUAUCAUUUAAGACUUAUGUAUUCUUCAUCAACUAUUGUUUUUUUUAUAGGAGAAUGACAAUUUGAAAUAUGUUUACCUGCAUAAAGGUUUGAGAGACAUGUACAUUACUUGUUUAUUGUUAAAGGCUUAAAUGGUGUAAACAAUUGUACUACCAUUGAAAUAUAAAUAAAUCAUGAAAACAUUCA